ACAAGGAAGCUUAAUCGUUCCCUGCACACCGAUCUGCAGUAAUGUUACAGCCAUCAAAAUAUCUGUCAAGUAUGGCUUUGAGACGAGCGCUGCAUUAUGUUUUCAAAGUUGGUGACAGGGCCAAAACAGCCACGUUUUACCGUGAUGUUCUGGGCAUGAAGAUUUUACGCCAUGAAGAGUUUGAGGAAGGCUGCAAAGCAACUUGUAAUGGCCCCUACGAUGGAAAAUGGAGCAAGACAAUGGUUGGCUUUGGUCCAGAAGAUGACCAUUUUGUUGCUGAACUGACAUACAAUUAUGGGGUGGGAGAGUAUCAACUUGGCAAUGACUUCUUGGGGCUCACCCUGCAGUCGAGCAAAGCUGUAAGCAAUGCUAAACGUCUGGGAUGGCCUCUUACUGAGGUAGGAGAGGCUCUGUAUCUGACCCAGGCUCCAGGAGGGUAUCCUUUCUACCUUGUGGACAAAGAGCAGCCUCCCAGUGACCCUGUGCAGAAGGUUUGUCUCGGAGUAUCAGACCUCCAGAGAUCGACCCACUACUGGUCGACACUCUUGGGAAUGAAGGUGAUGGAAAAGAACGAGGAAAAGAAAACAGUGCUGAUGGGUUUUGCAGACACUCAAUGUAAACUGGAGCUUCAUGAUAUCGGUGGGAAAGUAGAUCAUGGAACAGCGUUUGGGAGAAUAGCAUUUUCAUGCCCACGGGAGCAACUGCCUGAGCUCGAAGCCUUGAUGAAAAAGGAAAAUCAGAAAAUUCUCACUCCAUUAGUCAGCCUGGACACUCCUGGAAAAGCCACAGUAGAAGUGGUUAUUUUGGCUGACCCAGAUAGUCAUGAGAUUUGCUUUGUGGGAGACGAGGCUUUCAGGCAACUGUCCAUGGUGGACCCCAAAGGAAAUGAACUGCUUGAUAAGGCUAUGGUCGAAGAUAAAAGCGACGAGUGGUUUGCCAAACACAACAGACAGAAAGCUGCGGCAUGAGAUGAAGGGGCUUGCCUGGAAAAUUGUGCACCAUCAAUUUCUCACCAGUUCAUAUGAUGAUGAGUUGCUGUACAAGGCACCUGUAGUGUAAAUAUUCUUGUAAUGACAACUCAGUUAUCCUAAGGCUGGCAUUAUGAUAUGUAUUUUUCCUGGAAGGAUGCCAUGUGGGACAGUUGCAUUGACAGCACUUUGUAAGAGGACCACUUGUUUAUUUUGAUAGGCAUUUUUCCAAUAAAUAUUGUUCCUAUCAAUAAGGCAGAAAGGUGGGCAAAAAACCAAUGUUUCUGUUGGGCCCCUGUUUACCCUCCACCUACCCACCUUCUGUGCAUCGUGUAUGUCCCAAUAAGUGCUCUGAGUAAUGCUACCUGGCUGCAAGAUUUCUGUGCGUCAGUUAGUUUGUGGUAAUUUGAUUAAAAACAACUAUAUUUAGAAAAACCAUGCAUGCACAAUAUAAACUAAAAUAAAACGUUAAUUGUAGAUUUUGACACAGGGCCACAACAUGAUAUAAUAAUGCAGAACCUGCCUUACUGUUGAUAUUGUACUUUAGUAGUGCAAAUUCCAUAAAUCUGCAGCUAACAAAAUUACCAAAACCCAGUUACAUGCAGUGUACCUGGAGCGUUUGGGGGUUUGGGACCCUUGGGCAGUUGCUUGGAAAUCCAACCUUGGGUAUCAACCAUUAAAGUAUGAAAUGCAUUCAGUAUCAUGCAGUAGCAAUAGUUUAGUGAUGUGUUUGAGUUACACUGAAUCUUAUCAUUUGUAAAAAAAAAUUACAUAAUGUCACUCAUCUGGUUGAAAUAAAUUCUGUAUCUUUAAUUUUA